GGCUCGGCUAUGUAGUGACAGCAGCAGCGGAGGCAGAAGAAGCUGUAGGAUGGUCCUGCUGUUGCUCCUGAAGGGGGUCCUAAAGGUCCUGAUCUUUUAACUAAUACGUCUUAAAAUGCCCUUUUAGCCCCCCUUUCGUGGGCGUCGUUCUUCGGUCGGUUCAUGGUGGUGGACUGCCCCGUGUUUUCGGGCGGGUGGAGGAGGAGGAGGAGGAGGAGGCUCUCCGGGUUUUUCUUCUCCUACUUUUAUUUAUUUGUUUAGGAUGGCGCUCCGUGACCGAAACAGAUCUGAAAACAGGAGCGGGUGAGGGUGUGUAGGCGACCGGGUGCUGUCUCUGCCUUUCCUCCACCUUCCUCCGUCCGUCCGUCCGUCCGUCCGUCCGUCCAUCAGUCCCCUACUCGGGUGGGUGGCUCCAGCAGCUACUACAGCCCCACCAGAGGGAAGGAGAGAGGGAGAGGGUUUCUACUGCUGGCCUGCUCGUAGUGCCCGCACGUACACACACCAUGGGAAACACGACCUCCUGCUGCGUGUCCUCCAGCCCGAAGCUCCGCAGAAACGCUCACUCGAGGCUGGAGCCGUACCGCCCGGAGCCCGAGCUCAGCCGAGAGGACACGGGCUGCAACCUGCAGCACAUCAGCGACAGGGAGAACAUCGACGAGUUAAACAUGGAGUACAAUCCUUCGGACCACCCGCGGGCCAGCACCAUCUUCCUCAGCAAGUCCCAGACAGACGUUGCUCCUCCCAACAAGAAAGUUCGGGAAAAGCGGAAAAGUCUGUAUGUCAACCAUCAACACCCGUCUGGUCCAAUGAGACGCAAGUACAGCUCCUGCUCGACCAUCUUCCUGGAUGAUAGUACAGUCAGCCAGCCCAACCUCAAAUACACCAUUAAAUGUGUUGCGCUUGCAAUCUACUACCACAUAAAGAACAGAGAUGUGGAUGGACGAACGCUGCUGGACAUUUUUGACGAAAAGCUUCAUCCUCUGUCAAAAUCAGAGGUGCCGGCGGAUUACGAUAAACACGAUCCAGAACAGAAGCAGAUCUACCGGUUUGUCCGCACUCUCUUCAGCGCCGCUCAGCUGACGGCUGAGUGUGCCAUCGUCACACUGGUGUAUUUGGAGAGGUUGUUAACCUACGCUGAGAUUGAUAUCUGUCCUGCUAACUGGAAGAGAAUCGUACUGGGAGCCAUAUUACUGGCGUCUAAAGUGUGGGAUGACCAGGCCGUGUGGAAUGUGGACUACUGUCAGAUCCUCAAAGAUAUCACCGUGGAGGACAUGAACGAGUUGGAGAGGCAGUUUCUGGAGCUGUUGCAGUUCAACAUCAAUGUGCCAUCGAGUGUGUAUGCCAAGUACUACUUUGACCUGCGCUCGCUGUCCGAAGCCAACAACCUCAGCACCCCUCUGGAGCCUCUGAGCAGAGAGAAGGCCCAGAAACUAGAAGCUAUCUCCAGGCUCUGUGACGACAAGUACAAAGACUUGAGAAAAGCAGCUAAGAAGCGGUCUGUGAGUGCGGACAAUCUGACAGUGGUGCGGUGGUCUCCUGCCAUCAUUUCCUAACAGCAGAGGAGGCUGAAAAACUGCAGAGCGACAGAGAGAGACUGUCCACUAAAGCCUCUUCUUCCUGGGAGGACGCAGCAUCUGCUCAGUGCUCCACCCAACCCAGGAAGCUUUUCACUUUCCACACGUGUCUUUGUUGUUCUGACAGCUGCUGUAAAUACGAGACACCAGGGCAGGAGAACUGUUGAACCUGUGGCUAAGAGGGAGGGGGGGGUUUAUUCGAGCUGCAGAUGGACUCCUUAAGCAACGUCUCACAUGAGGAAGAACAUUCCAGCACCUCUCAGUGUGUCUUACGUGAUUGGCAUUCUGAAUUAGGAAGCGUUCAGAACUUAUUUUGUAUGAUUUACACAUUCCUUUCUUUUAUUUUGAAGUCUGUUCAUUUCCUUACCGUCCUCUCUGAAGCACAAAGAAGCAUCUGACCUGACAGGAAUCAUAACGGCCCAAAAAUACAGUCUCUCACGAUCCCCAGCUGUUUGCCUGUACAGUCCGUUGAAAGGCUUUACCACUAGAGCUACCCGGGCUGUUUUCUGUUUCAAAUCUUGGUUUAUUGGGUGCUAGUUGCCCUUUGCAUGGCAUCUAUCUCAUAGAAAAUAUGGUUCGUUUAUGAGUUUAAUCAGCAGUUGGUAACUGAAUUAGACGAGUUUCAUGUGUAUCAGACGGGUUAGAGAGGAUCCACUUUGCGUUUUCACGCUGUAAACAUGCUGCAUAUGUGCUGUUUACUGGUGUUAUGUGCUUUAAGGAACGAAGAAAAUGGAGAAGUUGCAAUGUGUAUUUUUUUUUUUUAGUUAUUAUAAUUAAAGUAAGGAACCCACAGGGACGUCAUUACUGCUGUGACACUUGUGAGGGGGCUUCUUGUCCUGUUUAGCGGGAUAAAAAGCCACAGACUAGCAAGAAGUGCAGGAAAGCCCAAGCCAACAGAGCGAGUGUUCUGUAGUGAGGUAGAAACUUAGGUUCUCAGUUUGCUCUAGAGCAAUUGAGAAAUUGAUGAUAUGGAGUGAGUUAUUCUCUUCAAAGCCAAAAAGACAUUCCAUUCUGGAUGGUCAUUGUGCUGUAUAGCUGUUGGAGGGGAAGAAAAAAAAAAAAGAGUUGGAUAAAUCGCACAGCAGUGAUUUACACUUACUUUUAACAUAAUAUUUUAUGUCGGCUUCUCUCCUUUAGAUAAAUUAGGCCAGAGAAACAUUCUUUAGGCCUUGUUCCAAAUUUGGCCCCUCACACUGAAUAAUACAUGGACAGCUUUGUGUCCAGUGCGUAAGUGUAACAGGACGAUGGAAGCUUAUGUUCAAAAGCAUUUCAAAGCUUGAAAUCCUAUUUAAUUAAUGUCUUUGUGAGCAACUACUGUCCAAAUGUGUGACUUAAACAAUGAGUAGUCUAAGACGGAAAAAAGUAUAAAUUAAUUUCUGUUGAUUAGUGAAGCUUAUGGUAAAUUGGUCUCCCCACAAAUGUGUUCUUUCAUACCAACUGUUGCUCUGCUGGACAAGCAUCAGAGUACAUACUUAUUCACGUCCGAUCGCUGCAUUGUAUGUGUGGAGUCACUACAAAACGAGUUUCUGGUUUAAAAAUGACCUGAAUUGUUAAGCUGAUUUAUGUCACUGUAGCUAAACAAAACAAAGCAGGUUGGAAACAGCAACAGAAUUCAGUGGCCACAAAAAGUUUUUGGACACUUGGUAAACUUUAAUGAAGUUUUUUUGACUUCUUAAAAUGUUUAAAAGUGAGAGAAUCUCUUUGAGUGUGAAAUUAAACUGAUGGAAGACUUUUUGUGAAGAAAGUCUGGAGAAGAAUUCAAAUCUGACUGCACUGAGAGUCAUUGUGGCUGUUUUCCAGCAAUGAUAUCAUUGUUCUUGCGUUCACUGAUGAACAUCAGAAGUGUACAAAGGCCUUUUGGAUGCAAACCUGCAGAAAUCUACAGAGAAACUGCUCAAACAGUCUAGAACACAGCAGCCAUCUUUUGUAAGGUUUCGGAACGAUCUGUUUAAAAUAAAUGACCCUUGGUUUGGCAUAAAUUUCCAAACACUCUUUGGGCCACUGAUGUUAACAUUCGAUUGUACAAAA